AUGACACGACAACCUCCCGAUCUGCGGGCUUCAGCGACUCAGAUGCUUGUGAGAGUCUUUCAUGGUGAAGAGCUGAGCAUACCUCGGCGUCAAGUUGGGACAAUCCCGGACCCCGGAAGCGCGCCAGAAGCUUCACAGGCUUCAGAACAGCACAAUUUGGGCCCAAAACUGCAAAGCCCAUCACUCAAAGCCCUUGCACCCGGGGUCGAUAAUCUAAAACCGGUCGACAAAGCGCUACCUAAACUUAUGCCCAAGGACAACGUGGCUCGACGAGUCAUUCGUACGAGAUUGGCAGAAAAUAAACGACGAUGGGAUCCUUUGGGGCCAAGGCGGUUUACUUAA